CAGGGAGCCGAGCUCAGUGGAGCUGCGGCUCUUCGGAUCCCGCAGGAGAUCCGCGCAGGUUGCUUACAAAGGGGCGGAGAUCCUGCCCCGAGGACCUUACAUCUGCUGUUGAAGCUGGCGGAUGCCCAGAAGAGGAAAAAGCGUGAGGAAGGGAAACCUCGGAUAGUAACUUAAACGCCCGCAGUUGUCAUUAUUAUUCCACCUGACAAGGCGAAUAAACGUUCGAGAUCGAUCGAUCGAUCGCUGGCUAGGUCUGCUUCCGGAGCUUGGCGCCAACUAAAUGGCGAUCGAAAUAACGCUGGUAGAACCGAAAAUUACUCGCCUGGAGCUUAACAGUAAAUCCCUGGCUCUAUUUACUGGCAGGCACUUGCCUUCUCUUUCAGACUUCUCUGCCAGUAUGGGGAGCAAGACCUUGCCUGCCCCAGUACCCAUCCAUCCUUCCCUGCAGCUGACCAAUUACUCCUUUCUGCAAGCAUUCAAUGGCCUCCCUGCAGUGCCUUCAGACCAUCUGCCCAACCUCUACGGUUUCAGUGCCCUCCAUGCUGUUCACCUUCACCAAUGGACUUUGGGCUACCCUGCCAUGCAUUUGCCCCGCUCGUCAUUCUCCAAAGUGCCUGGUGUGACCAGCCUCGUGGAUGCCAGAUUCCAAUUGCCUGCCUUCCCGUUGUUCCCACACGUCAUCCAUCCGAAGCACGAAGCCACAAAUAUGCCGCUCAAAGCCAAGCCUCGAUUUGAUUUUGCAAACCUUGCUGUGGCUGCCACCCAAGAAGAUCAUUCAAAAUUGGGACAGAUAGACAACCAAGGGUCUUCUGCAGGCCUGGGCCCAUUGCUUGAAGUGACCAAACUUUCCCCUGAGAAGAAACCCACCCGUGGGAGGCUACCCUCCAAAACCAAGAAGGAGUUUGUGUGCAAAUUCUGUGGCAGACACUUCACCAAGUCCUACAACCUUUUGAUUCAUGAAAGAACCCAUACAGAUGAGCGGCCAUACACGUGCGACAUUUGUCAUAAGGCCUUCAGAAGGCAAGAUCAUCUGAGAGAUCACAGAUAUAUCCACUCAAAAGAAAAACCUUUUAAGUGUCAAGAAUGCGGAAAAGGAUUUUGCCAAUCCAGGACUCUGGCUGUUCACAAGACACUACACACACAAGUAAAGGAACUCAGACCUUCCAAAAUGAAAUGCUAAAGAUUUUAACCCCAACGAACUUCAUCUCUCCGCUUCACUCUUCAUUUUAGAUCAAAUUCUUCACAGAGACAAUGGGGAACACUCAACGUAAUUAAUUUAAUACUUAAAAAAAAAAUACAUCAAGAAAACCCACAACCCGUCAUGCACAAAAAUGCAGUCAGCCUUUUCGAAACCUGGGUACUUCCAAGUGUAAAUCCUGCGUGACUUCACUAAACUUUACGUCAAAAGGUGGUGCUCAUGUAUUAGAGAGGAAUUUUUGUCCUCAGUUCAAACACAAACAACAAAUAGCUUUCUACCUCCCCGAUUAAGUUUAUUCUUUUGUGAGUGAUUUGUUUAAAAGUGUCUCCUUUAUAAACUUUGGAAAAGAUCAUCUAGAAGGGUAUUAUCCUAACUAAUUCUACAUUUGAGGGCACGAUGAGAUGGCAGGGAAGAUCACUAAUAAAACUGCUUGGAAAGAGGCAACAUUCUGAAGGAGAUUUGUGCUAUAACAGGGGUCUGCCAUCUUCUUCAGAAAUUACCACUUCUGUCUUUGGUGGACAGGGUUUUUUUUGUGUGUGUGUAUGGGGGAAUCUCUUCUGCAUGCUCUAGUGAGCAUUCUGUCGUUUCUGUUUAUUCAUGAUCUGUUGCCUUGGGAGGUAGUUUGUAAUUUGAAAGAAAAAUGGAAAGAAAAACCAAGCAAACCAAAUCAAGCAACCAACCAAUGAAAAAUAACCCAAGUGACAAAAGGGAAACUUGAUAAUAAUAAAUCAAAGUGACUGCUGUGCACGGUGUGGCCUUGGUAGUACUUUCAAGUGAGCGGAUGCCCAGGUGAUGGUGAACUGAGUUUUGUAAAAGGGUGGGUGGGAGAGUUUGCUGACAAAUCUCAACAUGAGCAUUUUAUCCAGAAUCAUCUUUAUUUUUUUCCCCUAAACAGUGUAAACUAAAAUUUUAAAAAAAAGACAAGACAAGACAUUCCAAUAUGUUUUUGGUUUAAAGUUAUUGCUAUUUGGCACUUUAUGCUGAUUCUUGAUAAUGAACAUUUAUCACUGGAUUUAUUAUUAUUUUUUAAGUAUUAAAAUAAAUUGGUAUUUUACAGGCAAAUGUUCCUGAGUGACAUUUAAAUCUCUUGGUUAAAGCUGUUUUUGCAAAACUCUAUGCUAUCUGUCAUGUUCUUAUAUCAUUACUUGAUGGUUUUAUUUUCCAGAAAUGGAAUGAAUUAAUAAUCGAGUUAUAAAAUAUAACAAUAUUUUAAGUAAUGUUGUUUAACAAUUGAUUUAUUAACUAUCACUGCUGUCCUAUGUAUUUACUGAGAAGUAUAAAUUUCACUGACUUCA